AUGGAGCAAGUGCAAUACCAUCAGGAGCAGAUGCUCCCAGAACUCAAGGAUCUCGUCAAGAAAGGACUUUUUUCUCCUGUCGAAGUGAAGGGAAUCGUCAAACGCAGAACCGCUUUCGAAACAUCACUCGUGAGGAGAGUCGCCGACAGAGCCGAUUUUUUGCGCUACGUCCAGUACGAAAUGGGGCUUGAAGCACUUCGGCGGAAGCGGCUGCAAAGAUUGAAAAUCAAAUCGCUUGUUCCAAGUAUUUCGGACUACGCAAUCAUACGAAGGCAAUAUUACAUCUUUGAACGAGCCGUGCGCAAGUUCAAAGCCGACGUGAGCCUUUGGACGCAAUAUAUAGAACUCGCUAGACAAAACGGUGCCCGUGGUCUCGUGGGACGGCUCUGCGCCCGCGCUUUACAGUUGCACCCAAAUGCACCGUCACUCUCCCUACUCUCCGCAUCCCAUGAAGUCGUGCAGGGAUCGCCGUCUUCGGCACGCUCCCUCCUCCAGCGUGGACUACGGUUCAACCCUGAAUCCGUAGAGCUAUGGACAGAAUACGUCAAAAUGGAGCUAGGGUACAUAGAAGGACUACGACGGAGAUGGGACCUUCUGGGCAUUCAAGACGGGGCGAAUGCCCCCGGUAUACCGGGUGAAAAUAAUCAGGCUAGGCAACAGGUUUUGGACGGAGCUGUUGUCAGAGCAGUUAUAGACAGUGCAACAAAAAGUUUACCUGUCAUCGAAAUGUUCAAGUCUCUGCAUGAUCUCUUACGAAUUUGCACGUCUCCCCUGGUUCCAUCUCUCACCAGUCAUCUCUUAGAGCUCAUGAGAAAUACUCUGCGUUCUUCCCCCGAAGCCAUGAUGCUGCGAGCUGACAUCAUGCUGGACGGUGCUUCAGAUAGUGAUGCCUUCGUUGAUCGUCUGAAAGUCGCCAACGAGGAGCUCACGGGAGCGAUAAUGGACCUUGGUCCCCGAAUGUCUUAUCUGUAUUCACAGUGGAUAGAUAACUGGGUGAGCAGGCUGAAGGGUGACAAUGCCGAACUUGCCGAGUACCUUCAACUCUCUCUACGGAAAGUCGUUCGGCGUGAAGGAGACCCUCGUUAG